AUGGCAUCUGCACUAGCUUGGGGAACCGGCCUUGCCGUCGCUGCCUUUUUGGGCCGAGCAGGUGUCGUCGCAUGGCGAAGAUCCCGGGGAGGCGUGGGCGCGAUGGGCAAGGCUUUCUACAAGGGUGGCUUCGAGCAACGCAUGAGCCGCCGUGAGGCGUCACUGAUCCUGUCUCUCAACGAGCGAACCCUUUCGAAGGAGAAGGUCCGGAAAGCGCACCGAACUCUCAUGCUGCUGAAUCACCCCGAUCGAGGCGGCAGUCCUUAUCUUGCCACGAAAGUCAACGAAGCAAAAGAGUUUCUUGAAAAGAACGCAUCAUGA